CCCAUUUGGGACUCCUGGUGGCCUCUGCCACCCGAGCUGGCCCUUGGAGGUUCCGUGUUUAGGCCCUGGCACAGGGCAGCUGUGGCUGCCCCAGCCCUGGAAGCGUCCAAGGCCAGGUUCUUGGAGCGUCCUGGGAUGGUGGGACUGGAUGAUCCUUAACGUCCCUUCCAACCCAAACCCUUCUGUGAUAUUUAGUGACCUUAAAUAGUCUGACAUCUGUCCAGCACAAAGAUAUUUCCCGAUGGUGGGAGGUGAAGGAUCCUUUCCCCCUGCACUGGCCGGGGCUUGUGCUGCAGGUGACAGCAGCCAGGAGCAGAGCUGGCAUGGGCUGUCCCCUGGUUUGGUGGCAUUUGAGGAUUUUUCCAUCCUUUAUGUACCAGUGAGGCAGCAGGGUGCAGGAAUGGGGCUUGUGCUGUCCUUUGCAUCCAGGAACUGAGGAUUCCCUGAGAGAGAGAGAGAAACAGAGAGAGAGGGCGUGGGAGCAGUUUUUGUGAGUGAGCAGGGACAUGUGUGUGAACGGGGACGUGUGUGAACGGGGAUAUUUGUGUUAACAUGGACAUGUGUGUGAAUGGGGAUAUUUGUGUUGACAUGGACAUGUGUGUGAACGGGGAUAUUUGUGUUAACAUGGACAUGUGUGUGAACAGGGGUGUGUGUGAGCGUGGGCAUGUGUGAACAGGGAUAUUUUCGUGAAAAGGGAUACAUGUAUACACAGGGACAUGUGUGAGCAGGGACAGGCGUGUUAACAUGGAGCUGUGUCUUCAAAAGGACAUUUGUGUUAACAUGGACGUGUGUGCAAGCAGGGACGUGGGUGUGAGUGGGGACACGUGUGAACAGGGAUAUAUGUGUGAAUGGGGACAUGGGCGUGAACAUGGACACGUGUGUUCGAAGGGACAUUUGUGUGAACAGGGACAUGUUCCCGCUCCAUCUCUGGAUUCCCUCUGGCUGUGCUCCGUCCCUGGCCGUGUCCCCCCGCUGUCCCCAGCCCCGCCCGCUGUGGGUGCCUCACGCUGUCCCCUCUGUCCCCGCAGACUGCAGGUACACGUGUCACCAGGAGUGCCGCAGCCUCAUCCAGCUGGACUGUCGCCGGUGCCAGAGCCAGCUGUCCCCGGAGGGCACGCUGCUGCCAGCCUGCGGCCAGAAUGUGGCACAGACGGUAGAAGAAGAAAAACCCGAGCCUCCGACCGUCCAGGAGAUCAAGCAGAAGAUUGAAAAGUACAAUGCAAAGGUCACCAACUGCCUGUUGAUGAAACUGAACGACGAUGGCACCUACACUGGCUUCAUCAAGGUGCACCUGAAGCUGCGGCGGCCGGUGACGGUGCCGGCCGGGAUCCGGCCCCAGUCCAUCUACGAUGCCCUCAAGGACGUGAACCUGGCAGAGAUGACAGACAAGAGAACCUCCUUCUACCUGCCCCUGGAUGCCAUCAAGCAGCUGCACAUCAGCAGCACGACCACGGUGAGCGAGGUGAUCCAGGGGCUCCUGAAGAAGUUCAUGGUGGUGGAUAACCCCCAGAAGUUUGCACUGUUCAAGGAGAUGAGGAAAGAUGGGCAAGUGCUUUUCCAGAAGCUGCCUCUCACUGAGUACCCCCUGUACCUGCGGCUGCUGGCGGGCCCUGACACCGACGUGCUGAGCUUUGUGCUGAAGGAAAACGAAACGGGGGAAGUCGAGUGGGACGCGUUCUCCAUCCCAGAGCUGCAGAACUUCCUGAUGAUCCUGGACAAAGAAGAGAAGGAGAAAAUCCAGCAAGUGCACAGGAAGUAUGAGAGGUUCAAACAGAGACUGCAACAGACCCUGAAAGAAGCCAGAGGCAAACCUGGAUAACCUUCAGGAGGCACUGAGCAUCAGACUAAGCUAGAGACUGUUUUUAAAUGAAAAGACUUCUCAGGACACCUUAGUAGUCAUUCUCCCUCUUCAACCUCCCAUAAGGACUGGCUCCCAGCACCCCUAAAGCGACCCUAUUGCAUUUUCUGCUUCUGAAACCUCUUCUCCCAGGACCAGAGCCAGUCCAAGGACGGGAAGCCUGUUUUUAAAACACCUUCAACAAAGCAAACACAGCUGCUGGUUGGCUUUGCAGCCACCCGCUGCAGAGGCAGCGUGGAAAAUCCUCGGUGUGACACCCAACAGGACCCAUCUGCUGGCUGAAGUUUUGAGCAGCUCCUGCCGUUCCUGCUCCUCCCAGCGAGCUGCUUGUUCCUGUUUGGAGGUGCUGUGGCCCACAGUGCCCUCGUGGCCCAGUUCUGGUUUCGUAAGGAGGGCACGGGAAGCAGCUGGACGAGGGGAGGAGGUUGUUGCACCAAACCACGUGGGUGUUGCAGCUCUGAGCAAGCCCUGGGCUUGUUCAGGGCUCAGGCAGCCAGGGAAAUGCCAGGUUAUGACACCAAGGCAGCUGCAACACCCCAACAGUCUGUUAGUAAAUAUUGCUGCAACUUGGUGAUAGUAAUUCCCAGGAAAACCAUUCAUUUUGAUUCUAUUUGACUUCUGAUUUUGAAAAGAGCUGAAUUACAGUAACUGUCCCUGAUGCUUAGCUAAGUUAGCCAUUGUUUCACCAGUUCUCUAUUCUGUAGGAAUUGGGACUUUUGUUUCCAGAAAUUCUGUUUGAGAAGUGUAAAGGUGACGGUUGGGGCACAGGCUGAGGGUUCAGUGUUGAGGGUUUGCAAUACGUGUCCAUCAGAGGAACCCAGGAAAGCUCAAAACCCCUUCACAAAUCAGAUUUUGAGCUGAGAACGUGCCUGGCCCCGAGGGAGAGGAGCCCCAUCCAGGGCUGGGGUGUGGAGGUGGCACCAAGUAAGGGAAUUACAGUCCUUGGAUGCUUUCUGCUCACCUCCCCUGUGCUUCCAGCCCUGCUGUCCCUGUCACACCCUCCCUGUGCCCUGUUCUCCCUCCCCACUCUCAACUGGUGCUGUUCCCAGGAUUUGCUGUCUCUGGGGAGUCAGGAGAGGACAGCAAGUCCCUCUCUGCCUGUCUCAGGGCUCCCACCAGGCCGAGCAUCCCUCAGCAAAUCCUGGAGCUGCAGGCUCGGUCCCUGGUGCUGAGGAAUCGCUGCUGGGCUGGGAAAGCUCCAGGGGUCCCUGGGGAGAGGAUGGGCCCGUGUUUACCCUCAGUGCUUGGUCCCAGGCACGCUGCACACAGCCAGGGCCAGCCCUCCCUCUGUUCACACGCAGGGAAUGUCACAGCUGGGCUGGGAUGGAGCAGGGAGAGGGUUUGUGUGCUCAUGAACAGCCCUUGGAGCUCCCUGUGGCUGCUGUCACCCCACCUGCGCCCAGGGCGAGGGGAGCCAGCAGGUUUUUGGGAACGGGGAGGACUCUCAAAUUUACCUCAGUGCCUUUUUUUUCCCUUAAGUGUGAAAACUUUGCAUUUGGGCUAAGGAGGAAGCUGUGCAGAGCCCUCAUCCCUCCUGUCCCAUAGCAGGGGUGUGACCAGCCCCUUGUGUCCGGGCAGGGAUGAGGAACUGGUUUGUUUCUUGCUGGAAGGUGACUGCUUGGGAUGUUAUUUUUUUUUUCCAGAUUUUGAGUAUGUUUGUUUCUAAACCUUAUGAGAGGAACUGCAUCACUCGGAGCCCUCGGUUGGUGUGAAAGGCACUUUCUGCCAGGCUCAGCUGCAGCUCCCGUUCUGGCAGCAGUGAGGGUUUGCUCGCAGGGCUGUGGUGCGGAGGAGCCUCCAGCUGUACUGUACUCUACACCCAACGACCUUUAACAAGGGCUGGCAGCCUCAGAGCAGCACCGGCCACGCUCUGGGGCUCUCUGUCCGGCUACAAGCAGGCUUAGCACUUCACUAUUCACUUGUGGAGUCCUUUCAAUACCGUUUAUCUGGUGCUUUGAGCCUUGACAGCACCGUAUAAAUACUUCAGUUCCACCGUGGGGAAGAACGCUGUAAAAACCGCCAGUGGCUCUCAGAGGGAAGAGCCACACGCUUGGCUUGAAAUCCCUUUUCUUUCUGGCUAAAAGUUGUGCAGGUUUCCUUUUGUUUUUUUUUGUUUUUUUUUUAAUUUUUUGGUGAGUUUUGGUGUCCCCUCUCCCUUCCUGGCCCCAGCAUGUCUUGGACAGUUUGUAGAAGGCAUGGCUUCGUAUGCAAUCACUGUGGAUGCUGCUGAAAACCUCCUGCCACCAGCAGGGCUCGCUCGUUUGGUUUUGAUUUUCAAUUUGAGGGGCAUUUGGAGAGUUGGUGGGUGCUGAAACUCAGAUUCUCAUGGGUCAGUUGAGCUGUUUUUAGAAGUAUUUGCCCCGUCUUUAAUCCUGUUGGCAGUGCCUUUGGUUAGCAAUUGUCUUGCCUAGGUCGUGUGAGUUUAUUUUCCAUGGCUACUGUAAAACCUGUAAAAUAAUGUGUAUAGAAUGGAAUAGUAGAGCUUCUAUGGCAAAGUGAAAUGCAUUUUUGCAAUGCUGUAAUUUAUUUUUACUACUCCCUAGUGAUCCUAUGGCAUUUUUACAAAAUGUCUCACUCUCAGCUUUUUUUGAAGGUUCUGGAACUAUUUGUUCAUAUGCAGACAGUGUAAGAGACAAUGAUAA